UGGCCAUGCAGUUGAACCAGGGAAAGUAUGAGUACAACGGAUCCUGUGGGUAUCUGUUGAAGCCAGACUUCAUGCGUCGCUCAGACAGGAUGUUUGACCCCUUCUCAGAGACACCUGUGGACGGGGUUAUUGCUGCUACCUGCAGUGUACAGGUGUUUUCUGGUCAGUUCCUGUCUGAUAAGAAGAUUGGGACCUACGUAGAGGUGGACAUGUACGGGUUGCCCACGGAUACCAUCCGCAAAGAGUUCCGCACCCGCAUGGUGAUGAACAACGGCCUGAACCCCGCCUACAACGAAGAACCUUUCGUCUUCAGGAAGGUGAUUCUGCCAGACCUGGCUGUGCUGCGUCUAGCUGUGUAUGAUGACAAUAAUAAGCUGAUAGGUCAGAGGAUUCUACCAUUGGAGGGUCUACAGGCAGGAUACAGACACAUCUCUUUACGCAACGAAGGGAACAAGCCUCUGUCUUUACCCACCGUUUUCUGUAACAUAGUACUUAAGACCUACGUACCCGAAGGCUUCGGAGCCAUCGUGGACGCCCUGUCAGACCCCAAAAAGUUCCUGUCCAUAGCAGAGAAAAGAGCGGACCAGAUGAGAGCUCUGGGGAUUGAAACGAGCGAUAUAGCAGAUGUACCAAAUGAGAGUUCGAAGAACGACAAGAAAGGGAAGAUAAACGCCAACGUGAAGACCAACUUGACGCCACAGACCAGCUCAGACCCGGCUCAGUCUUCUACUUCUGCCCAGAACAACACUGAGACCAAGAAGGAUAUAAAUGCACUGGUGCCUCAUGUGAAUAUUGAUGACUUGAAACAGAUGAAGACGUACCUUAAACUGAUUAAAAAGCAGCAGAAAGAGCUGAACUUUUUAAAGAAGAAGCACGCAAAGGACCGCACCAUCAUGCAGAAGUGCCACUGCACCCAGGUGGACAAGAUGAUUUCUCAGCACGACAAGGAGAAGCUGACACAGGACAAACUGCUGGAGAAGGCCAUCAAGAAACGAGGAGAAAACAACUGUCUGGAGUUGAAGAAGGAGACUGAGAGUAAAGUGGAGAAACUGAACACUGACCACAAAGCUAAGGUGAAGGACAUUACAGCCCAGCACACUAAGGAGUGGUCAGAGAUGAUCAACUCCCACAGCAGUGUAGAGCAGGAUAUGAAGGACAUCCACGUGGUCCAGCAGUGUGAACAGCUCAAGAAACUACUGAGUGGAGUACAGGAACAACAGACUCUAUCGCUCAAACUGAUUCACGAACGGCAGAGCAAGGAGAUGCGGGCCAACCAGGCCAAGACGUCCAUGGAGAACAGCAAGGCCAUCAGCCAGGACAAGACCAUCAAAAACAAGGCAGAGAGGGAGAGGAGAGUUAGAGAGUUGAACAGCAGCAACACCAAAAAGUUCCUGGAAGAAAGGAAAAGGUUGGCUAUGAAGCACCAGAAGGAGAUGGAGACGCUGGAGAAGUCUCAGAAAGAACAGCUAGAGAAACUGGACAAGUUCAAUGAGCAGCGUUUGAAAUCACAUCAUGCCAAUAAACAGUGUCAAGGCCAAAGACAUCCAGCAGAUGGUGAAGCUGGAGGAGGAGAUGGACCGCAGACCAGCCACAGUGGUUUAACCACUCCCACCAACUGAGACACACACACAUAUACAAUGCCCAGACCAGCCACAUUGGUUUAACCACUUCCACCAACCGAGACAGACACACACACUCUGCCCAGACCAGCCACAGUGGUCUGAACACCCCACCAACACCUAAGACACACACAAACACCCACACAGGCACCGAAUGCUCCCUCAAACAACUGACGCAGAGACCCAGAAACACUCACACAUCUCACUACACACACCCCCUAGAUCCCCCGUUUCAUUCCCUCACCCUGCAAUAUUGUCAUAGCUCAUAUCCUCUAUCCCUCUAAAUCUCCCUCAGCAAUGAACCACAUCCACACACAGUCAGUCCCCCCCUCCAACUCCCCUGUGCUGUGGAGCCAUUGGUGCAGACCGGUGAUUGACAGUAAGAUGAGCGAAUGCUGUUGGAAGGUGGGUGGGACAUCCAAAACAUUGAGAGACACAUCCCACCUUCACCGUUCCAUCUCUCCACCACUCUACUACACCCGGACCUGCUUUUUAUAAACCUCCAUCCAUCUUUUUAAUCUGUUUUUAAUGGAAGCAAUGUUUGCAGAUAUCAAUAGUCACUGUAAACAUACACAAAGACACUGAUACACAUACAUACAAUCGUUAUCACGUCUGUUCCUUCGGUUGUCAUGACGGCUUAAGUCAUGUUCUCUGUUCAAACUCUUGUAAUACUUUUAUUUUUUUAUUUUUAAUGGUACCAGGUAUCAAUAACAGGACCAGAAUAUGGAGGGGGAAAAUACAGAUGUAUUAGUUAUACAUUUUAUGUCAGCACAAAAUAUGUAAAUUAUGCUGUAUGCUACACAAGAGUUGAAGUAAUGUCCUGAGCACUUUAUAUGUGGUAGGCAUAACGUGGUAGGCUAUCAUAACCCAAGUGAUAGAUUUCUCUGUUUUGAUAUGAAUGUAAACUGAAAAAGGACAAAACGUCGGAUGAGCGCUGUUGGGAGAAAACUAAGCCCAACGUCAGGUAGUCCUAAACACUGCAGCUUGUCCUUCACGCAUAGUUUUGUUUUAUCAAGGGAUAUCUAUGAAUUUUUCUCAACUAAAAAAAAAUACAAAGGCUAAACCAGAGACUGAUUUUGAUUCUUUCACACCGACAGAAGUGUAUAUAGGGAGUGUGGAUGUGUAGACCAGUGUUCUUUCACUGGCCUGUCUUGUAUGACACCGUGUUAGCUUCAGAAAUAACCAGUUAAUGUAUUCUAUGUGUCAAAUGGCAUAAAGAGGACAAUCAUUUUUAUUACAUUUUUUAUUUUACCUU